GCGGCUGGCGGCUGCGCGGGGACAACUGCCGGGCCCGCGCGGAGCGGGGCCGCGAGUUUGUGAGGUGAUCUCGCCCCGACCCAGCGGCUCCGGUCCCCCGCGAUGUCGAGACCAGAGCCGGGCAGCUCGCCUCUCUGAGCUGGUCCCAGCGCGGACGGCACGGAGGGAGGCCAUGGCGGAGUCCUCCGAGCCCGGGCUGCGGGCGUCAGCCGGCGGCGGGAGCUUGGAGGAGGAGGACGAGGAGGAGCGGGAGCCGCUGCUGCCGCGGUUCGCCUGGGCCCAGCCGCCUAAGGGCGCCCCCGGGAGCGCCGUCAGGCUCGUGGAGGCUGCCGGCGAGGAGGGCGCGGCCUCCCCUCGCGAGGCUGGAGACGAGGAACUGCUGCUCCCGUCCCGGGACGCGCCCAGCCGCUCCUCCUGGGGCCUGGGGGUCCUCUCGGGCUCGCCCACCCACCCGAACCGGAAACCGCCCCUGGGUGCAGCAUUGAAUACGUUCCUGGAUGAUCCUGAAUUUGCUGAUGUUAUAUUGAAAGCAGAGCAAGCAAUAGAAUUUGGAGUUUUUCCAGAAAGAAUCUCUCAAGGUUCAAGUGGAAGUUACUUUGUGAAGGAUCCUAAGAGGAAAAUUAUUGGUGUAUUUAAACCCAAAUCAGAAGAGCCUUAUGGUCAACUGAAUCCAAAAUGGACCAAAUAUGUUCAUAAGGUCUGCUGCCCUUGCUGCUUCGGUAGAGGCUGCCUGCUUCCUAAUCAGGGAUACCUUUCUGAAGCUGGUGCCUCCCUUGUGGAUGAAAAGCUGCAUCUGAAUAUUGUACCUAAAACAAAGGUGGUUUGGCUUGUCAGUGAGACAUUUAACUACAGUGCAAUUGACCGUGCAAAAUCUAGAGGCAAAAAGUAUGCUUUAGAGAAAGUGCCAAAAGUAGGUAGAAAAUUCCAUCGGAUAGGACUCCCCCCUAAGAUUGGUUCCUUUCAGUUAUUUGUUGAAGGUUACAAGGAGGCUGAAUAUUGGCUUAGGAAAUUUGAAGCUGACCCUUUGCCCGAGAAUAUUAGAAAACAAUUUCAGUCACAGUUUGAAAGAUUAGUUAUUUUGGAUUACAUCAUCAGAAAUACAGACAGGGGAAAUGACAAUUGGUUAAUCAAAUACGAAAAGCAACAGGGAAAGGAAGUUAAGGAAACGAAAUGGAUUGAUGAUAAAGAAUCACUUAUUAAAAUAGCUGCAAUUGAUAAUGGUCUGGCAUUUCCUUUUAAGCAUCCUGAUGAAUGGAGAGCAUAUCCAUUUCACUGGGCUUGGCUUCCUCAAGCAAAAGUUCCUUUUUCUGAAGAAAUAAGAAACUUGAUUCUACCGUAUAUUUCCGACAUGAACUUUGUGCAAGAUUUAUGUGAAGAUCUUCAUGAACUUUUUAAGACUGACAGAAGAUUUAACAAAGCUACUUUUGAAAGUCAGAUGUCUGUUAUGAGGGGUCAGAUCUUAAAUCUUACUCAGGCAUUGAAAGAUGGGAAGAGUCCUGUCCAGUUGGUACAAAUGCCUUGUGUGAUUGUGGAACGCAGUCAAGGUAGAAAUCAGGGCCGCAUUGUCCACUUCAGCAGUUCAUUCACCCAGACCGUCCACUGCAGGAAGCCAUUUUUCUCUUCCUGGUAGCAGAUGUAAGCGUAAGAGAAAAAAACAUUUGGCAUUAUUAUGUUGUUAGAACAUUACCGCAGGGCGAAUCUGCUGUUAAGAUCUCCAGUUGCCAAAACCUCAAAUAAUGUAAGUCUUUAAAAGGUUAUCUUUUGAAUGUAAUCAAAAGUUUACAGUUUUUUGUCCAAAUAUUAAAUUUCUGUUUCAGGGAAGAAGUGGUAUAUCUCCUAAAUUGUAUUUUUGUAGAAAAAUUGUAUUUUAUGUUGUUUUGUUCGUUUAAAAGGUAAUUUCAUGGUUUACACAUUCUGAAAUGACUGUAAUUACUUUAGAAUUCCAAGUAGAAACAUAAGGUAUUUGUUGACUUUGAAUAACUUUUUGUAUUCUUUAUAAACACUGAGAAGGACGUUGUCUUCACUCUUCUUACAUUAUAAAAGGCCUUCAAGGGUGAAACUGCUCAUGUGAACUUCAGUAGAGUGGUUAAUAGAAAAUCUGGUAAGAAUAAUGUUGCCUUAAUUUAAAAAGCCGCUAUUUUAGAACUUGAAUAAUUGCCCCUAAAGUGACCAUUGUUAGGGAAUGGAAAAUUAUAUCUUGGUUAAGUAACAGGUGACCAUUUUAUUUUCUGUGCUUCAGAAUAUUUUUGGUCAAUUAUUUUGUUAAAGUAAGGGGAAAAAUCUAAAGAUACUCUCCCUUCUUAGAAAAUGGAGGCACUCAGCUGAGACCGGAGAGGAAUGAUACGAAAUUAAAGUAGAUCGCCAAUAUUUUGAAAUUCCACCAUAGCACUAAAAGUCCCUUUUGUUUCUUCCAUGGAAUCAAUUACGUAGUCAAUUAGUACUUUAGAUUACUGAUCUUAGUCUGUGUAGUGCUCCACUUAGUAUUAACUUCACUGAAAAGUAGACCAUACCUCAAAGUGCAUAUUGGAUUGCAUUUUGGGGUCCUAAGGCAUAAGUCCUUAAAAAUAACAGUAGUUAUUAUAGUAUUGUAGGGUAUUGAGGUUACUGAUGCUGAUAUAAUUACAGUCAACUGUAGAAUAUCAGCCCUUGCUAAAGGGGAACAUGACAGAUAACCAUAAAGUCAUUUAGGUUUGAUUUUGAAAACCAGUAUGUCUGACAUGCUAGGAUUUUGUAGCACCGUGAACUCCCGGAUGAUGUAACUUGAGACGAGCCCAGUAUGAAGAUGUGAUUCUGAAGAACCAGAAGCUUCAUCCUCUUCUUCGGGCCCCAAACAAGGAACACCACCACUCAAACUAAACUGGCAGUUUGUGCUCUGGGCCUUCCUUUUUUUUUUCUUUUUUUUUUUUUUUUAGCUUUCUGUCUUGUGAUUUUCUUUUUUUUUUUUUACUUAAGUAUUUUCGUGUAAAAGGUGUUUCCUGAGGGUUCGAUUAGGACGGAAGACAGAUGUGCAGACCCCCCCCCCCUUCCCUCACCCCCCCUGUCUUGGGCUCCAUGGGUGUGGCAAGUGAGAACACCGCUGCCUUAAGGAAAGUUCACUGGACACCUGUGUUCUCCUACCUCCAACCCCGGCCUUCCGUGAUCGUAAUGCUGAGAUCAUGGGAAAUUGACUGGAAAUUCAAAACUCAACUACUAUCUUGAGAUAAAUACUAGUAAUUCAAAUGUGCCUUUUGAAGAUGUGUUCUUAAAUAAGUUGUUAUGUUGUGGGUACUGCUUUCAUAAAACGGUUUUUUCAGUAUUUUGAGAAUUGCUAUAUUAAUUUUUAUAAUGGGAAAACUUAGUAAAUUCCUACUGUUUUAUAUCCUGAAUUUGUUAAAAUAGUGUGCAGAUAUUUUUAAAUGGCCUGACCAGGCUAGAAGAGUAAAGCUGAAAUAUUUAAGAUGUGAUCAUAAGUCAGAAUACAUUGGUUAUAUUUUGUAAAUUUUCAUGAACUUGACUCUUAUUUAAAUAUUGUGUUAAUUUUUUGAAUGAGUAUAUUUAUAGUGUCAAGCUUGGUAGACUAAAGGUAAUAAAAAUCAUUGUCUUAAGGUCACUGUUCUUCUGAAGUAUGUAUAUUGGAUAUUUAGAAUGUUUGUGAACACAUUUAUGUUUCUAAGUGAUGCUAAACCACCAUCCCCCUUGUGUAUUAGUGGUAUAGUUUAAUUCUUUAAAAUUCCAAAAGCCAUGUGUAACUGGAACCUUUAUAAUUGGAGACGAUUUAAUUUUGUUUAAUUAUAUACUUUCUUAUUCUCCCCCAAAUUUGCCAGCAAUUGGAGGCUGUGGAAAACCAGCGGAAGGUUUUUUGCAGACGUAAAAACAAUCAGAAUCACAAAGUUUUUUUUUAUUUAAAGUUUUGUACUGAUGGAAUUAAAACCUUAUUAAAAACAGA